UACUCCGUACCUAGGACCUAGGUAACUAUUCUUGAGGUGCUAUUUUGGUCACGGACCGGCCUAUCAGCGGAUACCAGAUGGUGAACCGGAUACCUACCUAGGUAGGUAGAGUAUUCGCCCACUUCUUUUCUUCCAAACACUUGACAACACCACAAAAGAACCAAACCCAUCCCACCUAAGAAGAGCAAUCGAAACAAUCAAACCAGAAAAAAAAAAAAAAAAAGACAGAAAGAAUGUCCGCCCUAUCCCAAGACCAAAUCAAAACCCUCGACCAAUCCCGCCACCGACUCGUCCAGCUCACGCGUUCCCUGGGAUCUCUAAUCACAAGCCUAAACCAAAGCGACCCGUUACCAUCGUGGACCUCCCUCCAAUCCCAAACAAGCAUCAUAUCCAACAACCUCCUCAGCAUAUCCGAGCACCUCUCCGAGAACCAAGCCACGCUGUGCUCCGUGGUCGCGUACCCGGCGCCCGAGUUCCCGUCGCGCACGCAAUCCAGCACCAGCACCAGCACCAGCACCAGCACCAGCACCAGCACCCUGGAGCAACUCCUCCGCACGAAGCUGGACCCGCGCGUCGAGGACUGGGUGUCGCGCGGCCGCCGCGCCGACGCCAGCGAGACCGAGGAGCGCAGGAAGGCGCAGCAGCAGCUGGGUGAGAACGAGUUGGCCGCGUUGUGGCGGUGGGCGCCUGUGGAGGCGAACCACGAGGCGAGGCGGCGGAACUGGGGCGGGGAUUUCACUUUGGAGGAGCGCGAGAGGGGCGUGCAGGUUGUUGCGGGGGAGUUGGGGCUGCGGAGGGGGUUGGAGGAUGAUGAGAGUAGUGACGAGGAGGAGGAGGAAGAGGACGAGGACGAGGACGAGGACGGGGACGAGGACGGGGAGAUGGAGGUUGUUGGGGUGAGGAAGAGUGCGAGUGGGAGUGGGUUGGAAUAUGAUAUUGCGGCUGCGACGGCGGGUUCGCUGCAUGAGAGGAUGGUUGCGCCCUUGGUGCCCUUGGAGGAGAUUCUACGGUAUAUGACUACGGGUGUGCCGCCGGGGCAGCGCUGAUGUUAUUACUUAUACAUUGGAUGUCUCAGUGGUACAGAUGCGACCAAGGAGUCCUUCCAGACGGCUUAGGCGACGCCCCCGAGCUGCGAGCAACCGGAGUUGCCUCAGGCGCCGAAACAGCGUACUUGAACUUGGGCGUCUGAACCGCUUUCUUGGGCUGCGAUGGGCUAUUCCAGUAGUACAGCAUCUGCGCCGCAA